CUGCUCAUAAAGGUAGCGUUUAAAGAAAUCUUUUCAAACAUUCCAUAAACAACUGACAUGACUUUCAUUUUGUGACAUACAGUUUGAAUUUUCUGUGGACAAUUUAUUCUUUGGGAAUCAUUCUAUUUUACUUCAGAGAUGCGUUUAACGUGUGUACAGUUCCGCGGAGUGAUGCUGCUCGUCUACACGGUAUAUCUGACCCCAACCUCGGCCGACCUUGGGUCCCAAGACAUCGACCCACUAAUGCUCGAGUCACACAGCAGCCUUUCUCCUCUCAGAAACACUCUCUCCUCUCUAAACGACUAUCUCGUGGAAUACCAGAAGCGGUCGUGCCAAUUCGGUUUGAACAGCCACCACUGCGCACUGUCGGCCCUUGACGACAUGAAGGGGGCGAGCGAGUGGCUCAGCAGCGCUCACAGCCCCGGCAAGCGCUCACAGGAACCCACAGACACACAGGACAAGUUUAAUUGGUUGCUAGAUGAUGUAGUGAACAAGCGGGCACAUCUGGCCACGCUGCAGGCGCUGCUGGACACGGCCGAGGAACAGAUGAACGCCAAACGGAAACGAACGUGUCGGUUUAACCUGGGCGGGCGGUGCGCCACCGAGCUGGCAUCGGCCAUCGCGGAUCAGUAUUACUAUCUGAACGGCCCCUCAAGUCCUGGCCGCCGUCGCCGAAGGUCUGCUUCCGGCCGCCAUAUACAACCCAUCAACAACAACUGAGCGCCCGUGAGCCGUUCUUGUGUCAGAGUGGUUCUGUGUAUGACAUUUCUGUUGAAUGUUAAGAACUUUUGCCAAAUUACGUUCUUUUUGGAUCGAAUUUUGACACCUUUCAAAGAUCAUUUGGUCGAAGUGAAAAAUAAAUCUAACAAAAGGUAAAUGUAUUCAUGUCAU